UUCUUUUAUGAUGAUCGCCAUCAAAAGACUAUACAAAAGCUUCUCAAAAGCCUCACCUUUUAUUUCUCUGUCUGCCAUUUAUUUCCAUCCCCUUUUAUUUCUCACCCCCAAAAUCAGGCUCAAAUCAAAUCAAUUCAAUUUCCACACCUCAACGCCGGAACUGAAACAGCUACCAUUUCGCCAUGAUCACCAUCUCUGACCUCUACCACGUCCUCACCGCCGUGGUGCCCCUCUACGUCGCCAUGAUCCUCGCCUACGGCUCCGUCAAAUGGUGGAAAAUCUUCACCCCCGACCAGUGCUCCGGCAUCAACCGUUUCGUCGCCCUCUUCGCCGUCCCCCUCCUCUCCUUCCACUUUAUCUCCACCAACAACCCCUACGCCAUGAACUACCGCUUCAUCGCCGCCGACACGCUCCAGAAGCUCAUCGUCCUCGCCGUCCUCGCCGUCUGGUCGCGUAUCAGCGCCCGAGCCUCCCUCGACUGGUCCAUCACCCUCUUCUCCCUCUCCACCCUCCCCAACACCCUCGUCAUGGGCAUCCCCUUGCUCAAAGGCAUGUACGGCGCCGACUCCGGCAGCCUCAUGGUCCAGAUCGUCGUACUCCAGUGCAUCAUCUGGUACACGCUCAUGCUCUUCCUCUUCGAGUACCGCGGCGCCCGAUCCUUAAUCUCCGAGCAGUUCCCCGAGACCGCUGCUUCAAUCAUCUCCUUCCGCGUCGACACGGAUGUCAUUUCGCUGGACGGGAAAGAGCCGCUGGAGACGCAAGCUGAUGUCGGCGAGGAUGGGAAGCUUCAUGUCACUGUCAGGAAAUCCACGAGUUCCAGAUCGGAAAUCUUCUCCAGGAGAUCCCAUGGCCCUAAUUCCGCCCUCUCUCUCACUCCGCGCCCUUCCAAUUUGACUAAUGCUGAGAUUUACUCGCUUCAAUCGUCGCGGAAUCCCACGCCGCGAGGAUCCAGUUUCAAUCACACGGAUUUCUACUCAAUGGUGAAUGGGAAGAAUGCGAGCCCUAGGCAUUCCAAUUUUGGGCUUGACGAAGAGAGCGGUUACGCAAAUCAGCCCCGUGGCUGCCCUCCGCCGCCGAAGAAGAAGGCGGCGAAUGGAGGAGCUGAAGUCGGAAAGGAUCUCCACAUGUUUGUGUGGAGCUCCAGCGCCUCACCGGUGUCGGAGGGAGGGAUUCAUGUGUUUAGAGGCGCCGAGUAUGCUGCAGCCACUGGAGCUCAUCCCAAAGAUUACGAUGAUUUUGGCCGGGAUGGGUAUAAAACGGGGGGCGAGGGACCGGUUCUUUCGAAGCUCGGGUCGAGCUCAACAGCAGAGCUCAACCCGAAGGCUUCGAUUGAGGCCAAGGCCACAGCCAUGCCCCCAACUAGUGUGAUGACUAGGCUGAUUUUGAUCAUGGUGUGGCGGAAACUCAUCCGAAAUCCCAACACCUACUCGAGUUUGAUUGGCCUAACGUGGUCCUUGGUCUCAUUCAAAUGGAAUGUUGAGAUGCCUGCAAUUGUUGCCAAAUCAAUCGCUAUACUGUCUGAUGCUGGUCUUGGAAUGGCCAUGUUCAGUCUUGGUUUGUUUAUGGCUCUGCAGCCUAGGAUCAUUGCUUGUGGCAAAUCCGUGGCUGCGUUGUCCAUGGCCGUCCGGUUUCUUACGGGGCCUGCCGUCAUGGCUGCCGCCUCCAUCGCUGUAGGUCUCCGCGGCGUUCUCUUGCAUAUUGCAAUUGUUCAGGCUUCUCUGCCUCAGGGGAUUGUUCCCUUUGUCUUUGCCAAGGAGUAUAAUGUGCACCCUGAUAUACUCAGCACUGGUGUGAUAUUUGGGAUGUUAAUAGCUCUUCCCAUCACUCUUGUCUACUACAUUUUGCUGGGGCUUUGAAGAUGAACCUGCAUACAACUAACGCAUUUUUUUGGGCUUCUAACCGAAGAGAGAAGAAAUUAGAAGAAGGUUAUUGGAAAAUAUUGCAGGCCCCAAAUAUAAAAAAAUUCUCUCAAAAGAAAAAAAAAGAAGGAAAAGAAACAUCAUUAGACAGGUAGUAGAAUUAGUGGUAGUGAUAUUAAUAUAUUUUGUUUUUUGGUCUCUUCUUUUGCUGAACUCUGCCGUGCCCCACUUGAUACUUUUGCUCUUUUCAAUGAAGAAAGUUGAGUUUGUGAUCCCA